GUGCAGCCACUAGACGCUCCCACCACCGCCAAACUCUCCACCAUCUUUUGCAUGUGCAACAUUUGCAGCCGGACAGAAACCUCUCCCAGGGCUAUGGAGACUGCGGGAAAAGCCCGGCGCGGCAGGAUGGAUUGCUAAAACGCCGCUCGCACCUCCGCUGAGAAAAAAAAAGGAAAGAAAAGAGGGAGGGAAAAAGAAGAAAGGAGAAAGCAUCUCUCUUCUACCCCUCCCCUCUUCGGUUUGGGGUUUUUUUUUUUAUUAUUCUUAAUUUUGUUUGUAGCCACCUCGUCCUCAAUGCCUCUCUGAGCAGCACCUAGCGGGGGAGAGAGACAGAGAGAGAGAGAGAGACAGGGAGGCAAAAGAGAAGAAGAUGAGGAUUAUUUGCAGACAGCUUGUCUUGUUGUUUUCUGGCUUUUGGGGACUAGCAAUGGGAGCUUUUCCUAGCAGUGUGCAAAUAGGGGGUCUCUUCAUCCGAAACACAGAUCAGGAAUAUACCGCUUUUCGCUUGGCAAUUUUUCUCCACAACACCAGCCCCAAUGCGUCUGAAGCACCCUUCAAUCUGGUUCCUCACGUUGACAACAUUGAAACUGCCAACAGCUUUGCUGUCACAAAUGCCUUUUGUUCCCAGUACUCUAGAGGAGUUUUUGCCAUUUUUGGACUAUAUGAUAAGAGAUCAGUACAUACUUUGACUUCCUUCUGCAGCGCCUUGCACAUCUCCCUCAUCACACCAAGCUUUCCCACAGAAGGAGAGAGCCAGUUUGUGCUGCAACUACGACCGUCUUUACGGGGAGCUCUCUUAAGUUUGCUGGAUCAUUAUGAAUGGAACCGUUUUGUCUUCCUAUAUGAUACAGAUCGGGGUUAUUCAAUACUUCAAGCUAUUAUGGAAAAAGCAGGACAAAAUAGUUGGCAAGUCAGUGCCAUCUGUGUGGAGAAUUUUAAUGAUGCCAGCUACAGGCGGCUUUUAGAAGACCUGGACCGAAGACAAGAAAAGAAAUUCGUAAUAGACUGUGAAAUAGAGAGGCUUCAGAAUCUUUUAGAACAGAUUGUGAGUGUUGGAAAGCAUGUUAAAGGCUACCAUUACAUCAUUGCAAACCUGGGAUUCAAAGAUAUUUCCUUGGAGAGGUUUAUGCACGGAGGAGCCAAUGUGACAGGAUUUCAGUUAGUAGAUUUCAGUACCCCAAUGGUAACAAAACUGAUGCAGCGCUGGAAGAAGCUGGACCAGAGAGAAUAUCCAGGAUCUGAGACUCCUCCAAAGUAUACAUCUGCACUGACCUAUGAUGGGGUCCUCGUGAUGGCUGAAACCUUCCGUAAUCUCAGAAGGCAGAAAAUUGAUAUUUCACGGAGAGGGAAUGCUGGAGAUUGUCUAGCAAAUCCUGCUGCCCCAUGGGGUCAAGGAAUCGAUAUGGAGAGAACUCUGAAACAGGUUCGAAUACAAGGGCUAACAGGAAAUGUUCAGUUUGACCACUACGGUCGCAGAGUCAACUACACAAUGGAUGUGUUUGAGCUGAAGAACACAGGGCCUCGUAAGGUUGGUUACUGGAAUGACAUGGAUAAAUUAGUUUUAAUUCAGCAUGAACCUUCCCUUGGAAAUGAUACUUCAGCCAUUGAGAACAGAACAGUAGUUGUAACUACAAUUUUGCCUCUGAUGAAGAAUCCUAUUUUAAGAAAUUGAUCAUGGAAGAAAAGAGUCCCACGAUGCUGCGAACAUUCCAAUCUAAGGCUCAAGUAUUAAUCUCCAAUGUAGUAGAAUUGAGCUAAUUUUUCCAUACGGAUUACUGUUCCUCUGACUGGAUGACCAGGCACUGAACCACCGAGAAAAGUUCUGUGACUAUUCUGAAAUGUCUAGAACAGAUGACGUUUACCUUCAACUUUGCCAAGCUGAGAAGAGAAUGAUGUGAAAAACAAGCUCUCAAUUGAAUUUUUUCUCUCAUACCAAUCCUGGUAUCUUUAAUUGAGGCUUAAUAUACAUGAACAAUAUAAUCUCCAUAAAUAGCUCCAAGUUUAGGAGAAGGAAGUAAAUAAUAAUACUAUAGAAGGUGUCUGUUUGCCAAAAAGGAUGUAGGGAAAAAACAAAAGCUUUUAAAAUGUAUUACCUUGCCUGUCCUGUUUGCAUUGAAGCAGAUUAAUGUGCGGAAUAAAUUAUCUCUUUAAAAAAACUUUCCCAAUUCCUGUAUGAAAAGGACUGGUGGUAUCAUUUUGCAAACCAAAAAGCUGAAUCAGUUUUACAAAGCAUGCCUUGUUUUCAUGCAGCGUGUCAUCUUGGAAUAAGUACAAUCUUUUUUCUUUUUUUAAAAAAAGAAAGAAAUGUCACAUGUUGACCCAGCGAUUCCACUCUAAAUAUUUCAUGAUAAAGGUACAAAGCAACCAGAAUUUGGUUUGAGUAAAAAUACACGGUUAAAUUCUGUCCUGAGCUAAUUAUGCAGCUCUCCCCUUGACCUUACAGGGAGCUGCACACUUGAUUUUGAAGGCAAAUUUUUUAUAUGCAUUUGCAAAGGUAAUAUAUUUAGAACCUAGAAGCAUGUAACCACACAAAAAUAUAUUUAACUACUGUAUUUUUCAGAAUCCUGUCAUUUUCUUUCUAUGUAUUUUAUUCCAAUUGCAAAAAGUAGAUGGACUUAUGACCUCUUCACUGCCCUCUCCAUGUUGAAGGAAAGUUAUUUCAAUAUAGAUGAAAAUACCACUUUGGCUGCAUGCAUACCUUCCAACAUUAAACUGAAAAGCUUCUGGGAUCAGUGCUGUCAAGCUUUUCAGUAUGUGGAAGGCAGAUAUCUAGGCACAUUAAAAAAAACAAAAAACAAAAAAAAAACCCUAAGAGUUGUCAGCAUGGCAAGCUUUGAUUUUAGUCUGAAGCAAUUCAGUACUAGCUACUUCACUUGCUGUCUUAUUUUGUAUGUGCCUGUGCUUUGUUUGCUGUAAUGUUAAUAUUUUAUUAUUAAAUAUAAGAUAUGUUUUAAAAGAAAUUAGAUCUGUACCUAAACAUCUUUGGUAUUUAUUUAGCAAAAAAUGUUUACUUGUAGUACAGUAAAUAUGCUUAGAUUUUAUUUUACAUAUUUUAUUUGGCAUCCUAAAAUAAUUAGUUGCAGGUGCUUGGAGUAAAAUACUGAGGAAUUGGGUAGAAUAUUUUGAGCCCUCUAGUCUAGUGAAAAGUCUUACUCAAGAAUGCAGACUACUCUUUCAGCCAUUAAAUUUUUCUAAUAUAAAAAGUUUCAAAAAAAAAUUUACAAAAAAAAUAAAAAAAGAAAUAUUUAGAACCAAAGAGCUAAAACCCUUGGUGAACUGGCAUUAUAUAGCCGAUUCCCAACUCAGGGCUUCAAUGUAAUAGGUUUAGUAUUAGAAGACUAAUAGCGUGCAUUACAAAUCUUUGCACCCAAAAAUCAUUAGGGCUAAGUAAAGCUAAAAGAACUGUAAUUGAUGUCAUGUCCUGGUUGAGAAAGCUUCUUAAGAGAAAUUAAGACUAAUUUCUCAUACACAAGCCAAAUUUCGCAUUUUAGAAGGUGGUAAUUUUAAUCAGUGUAAUCUCUUCCUUGGCCAAUCAUUUUAUAUUGUCCAAAAAAAUUCUAGAUCUAACUUUUUUCUUCCAAUAUAUAGUUGUAUUAGAUUUUUAAUUAAUUAUAAUUAUUAGUUGGCUAGACAGAAGUGGAAACAUUUUGCAGGCCAAUACUAAAUAUUUCAAAUGGAAUCCUGAGCAAGUUAUUAGAAAAGUUCCUUUGCCUUCUAUAAAAGAAUCUUGUGUUUAAGGCUUUUGUUGUUCUUAUUGUGUUUGGAGGGGGGUUGUUUAUUUUUCAAAACAGAUGGAGACAAACUAUUCCACUUAUUUUCUUAAAGAAAAUAGUUCCUGUAACAACUAUUUUUCCCUAUUGCAAAUUAUUUUUCCAAUGAUUUAGCAAAUUCAAAGGGGCUUAUUUAAAAAUUAACCAAACACUGAUUAGUUUGCUGUUAGAGUUAGUGUUUAUUUUUUACUCUCUAGAGUUAUUUCCAGUUGUGAGCAUUUUACUGUACAUUUGAGUUUAUGGGAAUGUGAUGGAAUGAUUUGCUUAGCUAUAUAAAGGUGCUUGUUUCAGACAUUGUUCUGUAAUUAAAUAUGUUAAACUUUGUUAGAAAAUUGUGAAUAGUACAAGUAAAGCUUGCACCAUUUUAACUAUUUAUGUCCCAUGCUAGUCAUUGAUUGUUUCAAUAUGGUCUUUGUAUGCCAUUUCCUUACCCAUAAAAUACUAUUAAGUAGCUCACUUACUGCAGUGUAAAAUGCCUUUAACAAUACUAUAUUUUACUCAAAAUAAAUUAUAUCAAUAUUUUCA